AUGGUUGCAGUAAAACCAAAACUUCUUAAGAAGGAAAAACUUCCAGGUAUCAAAAUUAAAUCGAAAAAACCAUUUAAGAAAACCGGUACUGCUAAGGAGCAUGUUAAAUCGAAUAAUGUAAAAAAUAAAAUAAAAGAAACGUCGAUUGUAAGCUCUACGAAGAAGAAAGUCAAAUACAUUUAUCCUUCCAAAGCUAUUGAUGAAAAUUUAUUAGAUUUAUCUUUAAAUGCUCUUAGUAAGUUAACAGAGAAUUACAACACAAAAAAUAUGAUUUUUGGUGAUGAAAAUCCAAUAUUUUUGCAAAUCCGUUGCAUAAAAAUUCAAAACACUACAGGAAAUAUAAAGUUUGUCCUACCUCACAGUACAGCUGCUUCAACAGGAGAAAUAUGUUUAAUAACACCAGAUUUGAAAAAAGGAAAGAAACCUGACCAUGAACCUACUAUUGAACAUUGGGAAGAUCUUUUGAGAAAAGCUGGAGUUACCAGUGUGAAAACCAUACUACCCAUGCGACAGUUACGAGUAGAAUAUGAUCAGUUUGAAUUGAGAAGAAGACUUAUGACACAACAUGACUUUAUUAUGGUUGAUACAAGAGUUUUAAAUCAUGUAUCCCACCAUUUAGGAAAUAUGUUUUUCAAGAAACAUAACAUGCUUAUCCCAGUAAAUAUUAAUGAAAAGAAAGAUUUAAAAAAGGAUAUUGAUGUUGGAUUGCGCACUGUUAUGUUAAGAUUGAAUGAAGGUGCUAUAUCAAAUUUGGUAGUUGGACACACUGGAAUGCCUCAAGGACACAUUAAGGAAAAUAUACUAGCUAUUAUUAAGCAAUUAGCAGAAAGAUAUCCUGGAGGAGAACCAAAUAUAAGAUCUCUUUUUCUUAAAUUACCACAGUCACUUUCUCUACCUAUAUAUAUGACACUGAGACCCUCUAAUCUGAUUGCACCACCAAAAAUUAAGAAACAUGUACCAAAAGAAUUCAGAGAAUAUGAAGAUGAACUUUCAACAAUACCAGGUGCUAUUGUUAAAAUUGCUCCGGAUGGAAGUGUCUAUGUAAAAAUUCAAAAGGAUAAAUUAACAAAAAAACAAGACAACAAAGAAGAUGGUCAACAUGAAGAAAUGGAAGAAUCUAGUGAUAAUGAAAGUGAAUAG